AUGGACAAACUGAGUCAGACAAAUGAUGACCUCAGAGACCAUCUGAGCAUAACAAGAAAGGAGCUAGAACAAAGAGAGAGGUACAUUGACACCCUCAACCAGCAGCUAGUCAAUAUGUCCUCUGCAUCUAGAGAACAUGUCCACCAGACUGGUACAACACAAGCAGAACCUGAGACCAGCAUGGCCUCCACCACACAGCCUGAUGACACUGCACCCGCCUACCAGUCUGCUCCAGCCCAGAUCAGCCAACCAGCGUCCCAGUCUGCUCUAGACCAGGUCAGCCUACCUGCUUCCCAGUCUGCUUCAGCACAGUGUGCUCCAGCCCAGGUCAACCUACCAGCCUCUAAGUCUGCUCCAGCCCAGGUCAGCCAACCGGCCACCCAGUUUGCUCCAGCAAAGGUCAGUCAACCAGCCUCCCAGUAUUCUCCAGCCCAGGUCAGAAUACCAGUCUCCCAGUCUGCUCCACCCAGACAGUCACCCACAACUGCAAUCCUUAUUGAUUCAAAUGGGGAGUUCUUAGUCCAGGAAAGAUUAUUCCCUAGACACCAGGUGUAUAAGUUCUGGUGUCCUACAACUGACAGUGCAAUGCAGCUACUCAGUCAGACCAGGAUUGACACCCCCGACAACAUCAUCAUCCACACUGGCACAAACGACCUUCAUGCCAAAGGUGAAAAUGUAUCUGGGGCAGUGAGAAGAGUGGCAGAACGGGCACAGGCUAUGUUCCCAACAACCAAUAUAGUUGUGUCCACCCUCCUACCAAGAAAAGACUUCCCAGGAAAGUUGAUAGAAAAAAUUAAUCAACAGAUCACUGUGGACUAUGCCUCACUGCUCAACGUCAGAACGGCUCACCACCCGACUCUGACAUGUGAACAUUUAUACGAUAAUGUACAUCUUGAUCAGGACAGUAUCAGAACCUUUGCCAAGGACCUAAAGGAUGCAACACGUUGUCAGGGACCCACACACCCAUCACCCCAGCAGCAGAGCCCCCUGCCCCACCUUCUGAAACAACAGUACCCCCACCAUCCCCAGGAGAGAAGAGCCAGACACGGCUUAUUACAGCACAGCUCUACAAGACCAGGCCCAACACAGCACAGAUUUACCAGACCAGACCCGCCUCAGGACAGCACGACCAGACCAGGCCCGCCUCAGGACAGCACGACCAGACCCGUCCCAUCACAACACAGCUCUACUAGACCAGGCCCAUCACAACACAGCUCUACCAGACCAGGUCCAUCACAACACAGCUCUACUAGACCCGGCCCAUCACAGCUCUACUAG